UAACAAUGUCCCAGUUUUCCUACACACUAUAAAAAGGGGCCUCAAUCUCAGAUCAGAGAUGCAGUGAGAGCAAUACAGCAAAACAGGACAAUGGGGAAGAUCAUCUUCUACGAGGACAGGAACUUCCAGGGGCGCUCCCAUGAGUGCAGCAGCGACUGCGCCGACCUGCACCCCUACUUCAGCCGCUGCAACUCCAUUCAAGUGGAGAGCGGCUGCUGGAUGGCGUACGAGCGCCCCAACUACAUGGGCUACCAGUACUUCCUGCGCAGGGGCGAGUAUCCCGACUACCAGCGCUGGAUGGGCUACAACGACUGCAUCAGGUCCUGUCGCAUCAUUCCUCCCUACCAAGGCUCCUACAAGGUGAGGAUCUACGAGCGCCCUGAAUUUGGAGGCCAGAUGAUGGAGUUCAUGGACGACUGUCCCAAUGUCUACGACCGCUUCCGUUACCAAGACAUCCACUCCUGCAAUGUGAUGGACGGCUACUGGCUCUUCUACGAGCAGCCCAACUACAGAGGCAGGCAGUACUUCAUGAGGCCCGGAGAGUACAGGAGGUUCAGCGACUGGGGAGGCAUGAGCCCCAGGAUCGGCUCCUUCCGGCGCAUCACUGACUUCAACUGAACAGAAAACAACAAACGCAGAUAAAAGUGUGUAACAUGGAAACAGAAUAAAAUAUAAUUUCUUCUCUGACAAUGCCAAAA